UCAGUGUUACAUCUUGUUUCCUCAGCUUCCGAGCGCAUUUCCUGUUCUACGCGCGCGCGCGGAACGGUGUGUUGUCGAUAAUGCCAUCGUCGUGUGCUGGCGCAUUAUUGAGGAUAAUGUGGUUGUUAUUGGGUCUGGCGGUUUUUUUCUGUGACGGCUCGCCGGCUGUGAAGAAAAUCAAGAGAGCUCCGACCAAUUUUCGGUACGCCAAAGAUCUAGACGCAGCGGCCACACAUCACGGAGGCGACGAGGGCCACCACGAGGAGGGCGUCGGUGCGAAACACGAGGAGAAUCACCACGACACGCACGGCCAGAAAGGCGACAAGGGUUACAAGGCUUUUCACGAGUUCGAGAAGAGCGACAAAGGUCAUCACGACAAGGAAAACCAUAAGCGUGAGUACGACGUGGAGAGUGGUGAGGAAAAAAAGAAACACGAAGAGGCUGGUCAUUACGGUGAGGAACACCAUGGCGAAGAGGGUGAAAAAAACGCAAAGUUUGGCGAGGAGGGGAAGCAUCAAAAGGGAUACAGCACGAAAGGAGAACACAACGUCUUCAAGAAGGAUGAAUACGAGAAAAAACAGGACUUUUACGACGAAUACCACGAGGACGGAGAAACCGAGAAGCACGGUGGUUGGCAUGAGGAACACGAAGGCAAAAAGGGUGGGCAUCACAAAGUGGGUAAUUUGCAUGCGGGGCAUCAUGAGGGCCAUCACGGUUCAAAGGAAAAACAUGGGAGAGGUCAUCAUCAUCACGAAAAGAAAGGUCAUAAAUUGGCUGAGGGACACGACAAGCACCACGAGCACGACGAGAAACAUGGUCACAAAGGUGGCCACGCCUCGGGACACAAAUGGUCAAAAUCAAAUCAUCAUUAGUGACGAACGAGACAAAAUUAUUGUUUUGCACAUUUAUAUCGCAAGUUUAUUUAUAUUUAGUUUUUUAAUAAUUAUUACGUUAAGUAGAUCGAGAUCGUACAUUUGGAGCAGUGUUGAGUCGCGAAUGUUUAUAAAAAAAAUUACAUAACGACAAUAUAAGUGUUGUAAUGUUAAAUAAUUGUUUUUACACAUCGACAAAGUGCAACAUAUGUUUUGCUGUAAAAGUUUUUGUACGCAUUAUAUUUACAUCGUAUAAAUUUAUUUUAUCGACAGAGGUCAUAUCGAUGAAUAUGAU